AUGGAGGUCUUCGUUCGUGGGGUUCCCGAACGUGCAACUGAGAAUCAGCUUCAGAAAUCAUUCCGUACAGUCUUGACACCCCUAGGCAUUCUCGAUUGGAAUUGCCAGAAACGUACAGGAAACAAUUACUGCUUCGUUUUGUUUCUCAAUAUCCAGGAUGCGCAGAAGUUCUUGGAACUCCAUGGUCAGGUAAAGAGUGCGGGCUUAGGCCGUGACUUCCUUCCUCCUGGUCGGACCAACGUCAUGUUCAAUGGCAUCGCUCUUUCCUGCGCUCGCAGCAGGAGGACACCCGAUCAAUGGGCACUAAAGAAUUUACAAAUGGAGGCCAAAGCACGUGAAAAGAAGCCUGCGAAGCCAACACAAGAGAAACCAACUCCAGCCAUCGCUCAGGGAUCGGAUAGUGAGCUUCCCAUUCAUUCGAUCUCAUGUGGCUUAUGGAAAUACACAGUCAAAACUUCAGAGCCUCUUUUCAUGACAUAUCGGAAAUGGAAAAUCACGGGCACAAUCAAGUUCACCUCGAAAAAGAUAAUAAUCAAGACAGACAGGUCACAGCGUAUUGAUAUAAUGUCCCCGAAUGUCUGGGAAACAAUCGUCAGUGGCCUUCCCAACCCUGGAAUUACUGUCACUUGUACAGAUACGCCCAUGUUUUUCCGGACUGGACCAGACCUCCAAAAAACCACAGCCGCCUCCACAGACCUGAGUCAGCUCCUUCAAAGCAUGAAUCUUUCGAAUCGACCGUCUUCAGUGAACAGAUUCAGAAUACCCUCACUUGAUACGGAGCAUGCCUCAAUUGUGGGAAGCUGCCUUGUCUAUCAUGUCGGUUUGCCUCAGAUUAGCACAAAAUCUCAAACACAGGCCUUGGAGCGUAUGCACCUCCGGCCUCCGCUCAUUCGACCGAACAUCCUCACUCAAGUCGCCCCCAAGUCCUUUAAAACCGAGUUUGCUCCACUUCUCAAUGCGCUCAAGGACCCAGUCCUGCCAUUCCCGAUCAAGUUUCAAUUGCAACGACUUUCAACCGUUGGCUCUCUACCACCAGACACUGUGCUGGCGCUUUUACCCAUCAUAAAGAGCCUGCUGAGUCGAUGCAACCUUCGGACCACCGUAGAGAUCAUUCGCAGUCUGUUCCGGCAAUUGCCUUACCGCAGCCUCGAGGCCGACCCGGCGGUUUUUGCGGUUGAGUCGUUGAAAUCACGUUUACGCGAGCAUUACGAACGGGUGAAGACUGGCGAAAUCGACCACAGCCAGCGUCUCGACUCCGAUAACAUAGCGUAUAUCCACAAGGUCAGCAUAACUCCCUCGCGCUUAUACUUGUCUUCUGGUCCAGAGCCAGAAAACAACAAUCGUGUUCUUCGAAAAUACCCGGAUCAUCAUGACUACUUCAUCAGAGUCCAAUUUUGUGAAGAGGAUGGUCAGCAAUUACGGUACAGUGCUCAAGUAUCAAACGAUGAAAUAUUUCGCGGCCGCUUCACAAAAUUAUUGAACGAAGGCUUUAACCUUGCAGGCCGCCAUUUCUCUUUCUUAGGCUUUUCUCACUCGUCUCUACGUGCCCAGUCAUGUUGGUUUAUGGCGCCAUUUGUUCACGAGGGGCGUUUACUUCUCGAUCGAAUGCUAAUACAGGGUCUGGGCGAUUUUUCACGAAUCAGGUGCCCGGCAAAGUGUGCCGCAAGGAUUGGACAAGCUUUUUCAGAGACACCAACAGCAAUUACGAUCCCCCCCGGCGUUGCCAGGGAGAUCCCUGAUGUGGAACGCAAUGGCCGUGUCUUCAGUGACGGCGUAGGAACAGUCUCAAGAGGUGUUCUAGAGAAGAUCUGGGCUCACUUACCCACAACGAGGAAUGGGAGACCACUAUUGUUUCAAAUCAGAUAUGGAGGUGCUAAAGGCAUGAUUGCUCUGGAUAGUCGACUUGCUGGAGAUGCUCUCCGCUUUCGCCGAUCCAUGAUGAAGUUCCCAGGAUCGGACUCCUUGGAUUUCGAAAUAUGCAACAACGCGUUUCGUGCUCUCCCGUAUUACUUGAAUCAACAGAGCAUCAAAAUUUUGGAAGACAUGGGUGUCGACGACGAGUUUUUCUUUUUCCACCAAAACCGAGAAGUGCGUCGAUUGCGAUCCACCACCUCAAGUGCAUCAUCGGCUUCCAAAUUCCUCAAGCGUCAUAGCAUUGGAAAUCGCAUCAGUCUACCUUGGCUCAUACGCAAACUUGAAGUACUAGGUCUUUCAUUUCGUGAUGACCCAUUUCUGAAGAAUAUUGUUGAGAUUGCCGUGCUAUUAGAAUUGAGAUCAUUGAAGUAUAAGUCUCGGAUUCCUGUAGAAGAUGGAUACACUCUGCAUGGCAUCAUGGAUGAAACAGGCUUCCUCAAGGAAGGCGAGAUCUUUUGCACGGUCGAAGAAGCUGGCAAGGAUCGAGUUGUUGUGCAGCGAAAUGUUGUCGUCACUCGAAGCCCGGCUCUUCAUCCUGGUGAUAUUCAACUGGCUAAUGCGGUGCACCCGCCGUACGGGUCGCCCUUGUUGGACCUUCGGAAUUGCGUUUGUUUCAGUCAACAUGGAGAAAGAGAUCUCCCAAGCAUGCUAAGUGGUGGUGAUCUAGAUGGCGACCUUUAUCAAGUUCUGUUCGACUCUAGAGCCAAGCCAAAGCGUAAAUUCACGCCAGCAGAUUACUCCCGGCCGCCUCCCAUUGAUCUCCAGAGAGAGGUGACACGUGAAGACAUGACAGACUUCUUCAUCACAUUCAUGGCGACCGACCAGCUGGGGCGAAUCGCCAACAACCACAAAAUCAUAGCUGAUCAGCGUGCAGAUGGCACGAUGAACCCAGACUGUCUUACACUUGCAGAGAUGCAUUCAACAGCUGUCGACUUCUCGAAAAGCGGAAUCCCGGUCGAUCUUAGCAAGAUGCCGAGAUUUAGCUCAUGUCGACCAGACUUUAUGGCUUUUGGACCACAUAUCACCGUGACGAAGGGCAAACCAUUGGCAUUCAGCGUUUCCGAAGAUGCAGAACCUGAUGACGAGGACGACAAACCAAUCCCUCGAUAUUACGAAAGCGACAAAAUCCUGGGCAAACUAUAUCGGGCAAUCGACGAGCAUGAAAUCUUCACCGAUGUUCAACAGAGCAAUACACCUCCGAAAGUCACGAAAUCUGUCUUGGGAGGCAUACUCGAAUAUAUCAAGCAGAACUGCGAACUCUCUUUCGUGGAAUCUUACAUGAAUCGAGCUCGAGGUAUUCGUGCAGAAUAUGAAGAAUGUGUUCGAAACGUUUCGUGGGAAUAUAGUCCUGACUGGACGAAGGCCCUCAGUGAACAAGAGGUCUUCAUUGGAAACAUCCUAGGAAAAACCGGUGCACAGACCAAACGACAACACGACUUGGCUGUUAGCAUGAGCGAGCGAUUCGAUGCAGAUCUAGCAUACAUCGUGAGUCUCAUUGCUCAUAACGACGACGAGGAGGAGGACGAAGACCAUCUCGGUGGCCUGGCGCUUAGUGUUGGUUGUUUCUUGGCCAGUAUUGAAGACCUUCCGUUUGACCUGGCGAACACGCAGAAAACUGACGGACUUGUCAGCUUUCGCUAUGUGGCUGCGGCUUUAUGUUUGAAGGAGAUUGAGUAUGUUCAGAAACAAACAUUCCUGGAACUAGGAAAAAGGGCAUACGCUUGA